CCCAGCCUCAUUAACAUCUCUGGUUUGCUCUUGUCCCAGACACAAUGACCAUUUUAAUAUAUUUUAUUGUUUUGCUAUUUUCUGGAACGACUUUUAGCCAAGAGAAAACAUAUGUCCUUACAGCACCAAAGAUCUUCCGAGCUGGGGCCUCUGAGAAAAUUGUAGUUCAAGCUUUUGGCUAUGAGAAGGAAUUUCCAGUCAAUAUUGCCCUAAAAAGCUUCCCAGAUAAGCUUGUUGUGUAUUCGUCUGCUCGGAUUUCCUUAACCCCAGCCAACAAAUUCCAGGAUGCUGUAACUUUGACAGUUCAACCAGCAGAUUUACCAAGAACAGAUACUUCAGACAAGUAUUUGUAUUUGGAAGCUGUUUCUCCACAUUUUACAAGAUUUAAAAAAAUUCCUGUUUCUUAUGAGAAUGGGUUUCUUUUUAUUCAUACAGACAAACCAGUUUAUACUCCUGAUCAGUCAGUGAAAGUCAGGGUUUACUCUCUGAAUGAAGAACUGCAGCCAGCUCGGAGAGAAACUGUCCUGACUUUUGUGGAUCCUGAAGGAGUCGAAGUGGAUAUUUUGGAGGAAAAAGAUUUUACUGGAAUAGUUUCUUUUCCUGACUUCAAGAUUCCUCCUAAUCCUAAAUAUGGAAUUUGGAAGAUUAAAGCCAAGUACAAGAUGGAUUUUGUGACCUCAGCUGUGGCAAAAUUUGAAGUUAAGGAAUAUGCAAUGCCAAGCUUUUCCAUCACCAUCGAGCCAGAGAGUAACUUCAUUAGUUCAGAUAAAUUUGAGAACUUCAGGAUUGUUGUGAAAGCUAGCUAUUUUUCCAACAAAAAGCUUCCCAGUGCUGAUGUUUUUCUUCGUUUUGGAAUAAUUGAAGAAAGUGAGAAAAGAAUGAUGCCUCAGGCAAUGCAUGUAACAAGGAUUGAAAAUGGAGUUGCUGAGAUCAAUUUUAACAGUAAGAGAGCAGCAAGUUCUAUAGGCUUUGACAGUCUGGAAGCACUGGAUGGCUCAUAUUUAUAUAUUGUGGCAUCAGUGUUGGAAUCUAUGGGUGGCCUCAGUGGAGAGGUGGAGUUCACUGGAGUCAGGUUUGCUGUCUCUCCUUACAAGCUGAGUUUGAUUGCCACUCCUCUCUUUGUGAAGCCUGGACUGCCCUUCUUCAUUAAGGUGCAGGUGAAAGACACCAUGGAUGACUUUGUUGGGAAUGUCCCUGUAACUGUCACUGCCAAAUCCUUAAGUGAGCAAAUGGAUGAGACCUGGUUGAUAUCAGAGGGUUCAGAAUCUGGGAGAAGAAAAACAAGCAUCAGUGAUGGAACUGCUUUGUUUGUUGUUAAUAUCCCACCAAACAGCAAAAUGUUGGAGUUUCAAGUAAAAACUGCAGAUCCACAUCUUUCAGAUGAAAACCAAGCAAGUAAAAGCUAUGAAGCAAAAGCUUAUUCAUCCCUGAGUCAGAGUUACCUCUACAUUGACUGGGCUUCAAACCACAAAACCCUGGAGGUGGGGGAUGUAAUAAAUAUUAAUGUAUAUCCACAAAGUCACUACAUUGAUAAAAUACAUCACUACAGCUAUUUGAUCACAUCAAAAGGGAAGACAGUGAGCUUUGGAACUCAGGAGAGAAUUAAGGAUUUGGAAUAUGAACAUCUGACUUUCCAGAUAACUCAAGAGAUGGUUCCUUCAGCACGCCUCAUUGUUUACUACAUAGUCAUGGGAGAAGGAGCUGCAGAGUUAGUGGCUGAUUCAGUUUGGCUGAAUGUGGAACAGAAAUGUGGCAAUAGCCUUGAUAUUAAGCUGCAGUCAAGCAAAGCGACACUGAAACCAGCAGAGGUUGUAUCACUCACCAUGAAAACCCAGUCCAAUUCCUUUGUUGCUUUGUCCUCUAUUGACAAAGCAAUAUAUGGAGUCACAGGAAGAAGGAAGAGGGCAAUGGAAAAGAUCAUGCUGCAGCUGGAGAAGAGUGACCUUGGCUGUGGGGCUGGGGGAGGACAGAACAACAUUGCCGUGUUCAGGAUGGCCGGGCUCACCUUCCUCACUAAUGCAAACGCUGAUGACUCAGAGGAAGCAGAUGAACCUUGCAAGGAAGUGUUAAGAACCAAACGGUCUGACUUCAAGGAAAAGAUACUCAAAGAAGUGGCCAAAUACCGAGAUCCAGAAGCCCGGCAGUGCUGCAUGGCUGGAGUAAAAGCUUAUCCAGUGUCUGAGACCUGCAGGGACAGAGCUCAGAGGAUUCGGAGGAGCCAGAGGUGCAUUUCUGCAUUCACAGAUUGCUGUGAAUUUGCCAACAAGCUGCGGCUGGAGGAGCCAAAUAAGCUCCUGAUAUUGGCCAGAAUGCAUUUUGAGGCUCUCUUGGAACUGGAUGAGGCACAAGUUCGUAGCUACUUCCCUGAAAGCUGGUUAUGGGAAGUUCAUCAAGUUUCUUCAAGGUCCAAGACUCUGUCUGUCACCUUGCCUGAUUCACUGACCACCUGGGAAGUACAAGGUGUUGGCAUUUCAGAUAAAGGUAUUUGUGUGGCUGCACCUGUGGAAAUCCAAGUUGUGAAGGAUAUCUUCCUGAGCAUUUAUGUUCCUUAUUCCGUGGUACGAGGGGAGCAAAUCGAGUUAAAAGGAUCUGUUUAUAACCAUAAAACCUCUGCAAUUAAGUUCUGUGUUCAAAUAGCAGCUGGAAAUGGAGUCUGUACCUUUGGAGAUUCUGCAAGUGCAGGAUCGAGGAUGCAGAGCUGUAAAUUGAAGAAUCUGGAUGCUGGUUCUUCCUCAGCAGUUACAUUCCGGAUCCUCCCUCUGGAAUUGGGUCUCCACACUGUCAAUUUUACAUUGCUGACCCACAGGAAUAGUGAAAUUGUAGUUAAAACUUUACGUGUUGUGCCAGAAGGCAUUAGGAAAGAACUCCAUGCAGGUUUCACUUUGGAUCCACAGGGUGUUUAUGGUUCAAUCAAGAGACGACAAGAAUUUCGAUACAAAGUCCCACUGAAUCUGGUCCCUAAAACACAAAUUGACAGAAGUGUCAGUGUAAAAGGACACCUUAUGGGUGAAGUGAUGGCCACAGUGCUGAGCCCCACGGGCCUGCAGAUGCUGAGCAGCCUGCCCAGGGGCAGUGCAGAGGCCGAGCUGAUGAGCAUUGCCCCGGUGUUCUACGUGUUCCGCUACCUGGAGGAGUCGGAGAAUUGGCAUUUACUGGGCCCGAGGACCCUGAGCUCCAGGACUCAGAUGAGGAGGAAGAUGAAAGAAGGAAUUGUGAGCAUCUCGUCCUUCAGGAAUGCAGACUGCUCCUACAGCAUGUGGAAGAAUGGGCAAGCUAGCACAUGGUUGACAGCUUUUGCUUUAAGGAUCCUUGGACAAGUGAAUCAAUACAUUGAUCUUGAUGAAAAGUCUAUUUGUGAUACCCUUCUGUGGCUGAUUGACAACUGCCAGAUGCCAGAUGGGUCAUUCAAUGAAUUUUCUAACUACCAACCAGUGAAACUACAGGGUACAUUACCUCGAGAAGCGAAAGAAAAAUCUUUGUAUCUCACAGCAUUUUCUAUUAUUGGAAUUGACAAGUCAAUGAAAAUAUGUCCUACUCAGAAAAUCCACGAUGCCAGGAGCAGAGCAGGGGAUUAUUUGGUGCAGAACGUGCAGCUGGCCCAGAGCCCCUUCACGGUGGCCAUCACCGCCUACGCGCUGGCCCUGCUGGACCCCAACCACCACGCGGCACGGGUCGCCUUCUCUGCCCUGAAGAGAGAGGCCUUUGUCACAGGUGACCCCCCCAUCUACAGGUUUUGGAAAGAUGCUUUUAAAACACAAGACCAGCCAACACCCAACUCUGUCACUGCACAAAUGGUUGAAACCACAGCCUAUGCCUUGCUCACUACUUUGCUAAGAGGGGAUGGAAACUAUGCCAAGCCCAUCAUCAAGUGGCUCUCUGAAGAACAGAGAUAUGGGGGAGGAUUUUAUUCAACACAGGACACUAUCAAUGCCCUUGAGGCCCUGACUGAAUAUUCCCUUUUUGUCAAACGGCUUCAUUUGGACAUGGAUGUAAAAGUAUCCUACAAAAAUGGUGGACCCCUAAACUUAUUUAAACUGACAGAAGACAAUUUCGUGGGAAGAACUAUGGCAGCACCUUUGCAAGAUGAUCUGUAUGUAAGCACUGGCAGCAGCACUGGCAUAGCUACAGUAAAUGUGAGGACAGUGUAUAACACCAUUGGUACUUCUGAAGAGUCCUGUAACUUUGAACUGAAGAUUGUUCCCAAGAGAGAUGAUGGUCGCAUAAGAGGAGAUGGGGAACCCCUGGGGCGCCUGGAGGCUUGUGCAAAGUACAGGCCCAGUGCGAGGGAGCCCCGGUCAGCGUCUGCUCAUGCUGUGAUGGACAUAGGGCUGGUCAGUGGAGUGGAAGCCAAUCCAGAGGAUUUAUCUACUCUUGCAAGUGGAGUUGAUCAACUGAUAGCAGAUUAUGAGAUAGAAGAUGGGCAUGUUCUUCUGCAGAUAGACUCUGUGCCAGCUCACAAGUUCCUGUGUGUUGGCUUCAGGAUCAGCGAGCUUUUCCGGGUUGGAAUGCUGAACCCUGCCACCUUCACUGUGUAUGAAUAUCAUGCACCAGACAAAAAAUGCACCAUACUUUAUAAUCCCUAUGGAAAUGAAAAACUCGUGAGAUUGUGUGAAGGAGAUGAAUGCAAAUGCAUGGAAGCUGAGUGUGGUAAAGUCCAGGAGAGGCUCGGCCGGUCGGUAACUGCUGAGAGCAGGAGAGAGGCUGCCUGCCAGGGGGACACUGCUUAUGUUUAUAAAGUGAACAUCUCAUCUCGCAGUGAGGAGGGUUUUUUUGUGAAGUAUUCUGCAAAUCUUCUGGACCUCUAUAAAAGGGGGCAGGCUUUUGCUCAAAAAAAUAAUGAAAUAACCUUUGUUAAAAAGAAGACUUGCACAGAAGUUGAACUGAGCCCAGGAGAGCAGUAUUUGAUCAUGGGAAAAGAAGCCUUAAAGAUAAGCGUGGGUUACAGUUUCAAAUUCCAGUACCCUUUGGACUCCAGCACUUGGAUUGAGUGGUGGCCUUCAAAUACAGCCUGUGCAUCCUGUCAGGAGUUUCUGAACACACUGGAUGAUUUUGCUGAAGAUCUCCUCAUCAGUGGCUGUUAAUUCACUUGGACAAUUUUUAAAUUAAAAAUCCAGAUCGAAUCCCAUUGUAAAGAAGAAAAAUCCUCACCUAUUUAUUAAUUCUUUUUGACUGAGCACUCAUUAAGAGUUACCAUGAAAAAUUAUCUUGGCAUGUAUUUUAUCGCAAUGUUAUUACAGCAGAGUAAUGCUCAAAUAUGAUUUUUAAGCUUGGAUGAGAGGCUAGAAUGGAACAGUGCAAAGACAUUUGAAGUCAAAAGAAGUGGAUUGCCUGCAAAAACAAACAUGAAAAGCACUGUCUUGUCCUUAAACCUAAGUCUUAUCAGAACAUAAAUAUAUGCAGCCACUUUGUUAGCUGUCUGUGUAAAAAAACUUCAUUCCUUAGCUUUUCCUUUUGUACUCUUUUUUUAAUUCCUGCAUUUCCAUUCCUGACAGUAACUGAUGCUGGUUUUAUGCUCUACUUUCUUGUAAAAAAAAAACAAAACCAAAAAAAACCCAACCAAAAAAACACCCAAAAAAACCAAAACUAUUCAAUUAUAUGUGUGCUUUUCAUUAUUUGUGUUUCAAGACAAACGUUACUUUGCAUUUGAUGACUGAAUUUGACAGUUAAAAAUCUUGCCUUGCCUCCAGGAAAGUGGCAGAUGAAAGGCCAAUUUUCCUGCUCACAGCUCCUGGCACAAAUCACCUUGGUUCCCAGUAAAACUGAGAAGAGAAUUUGAUACAAAGUACAGUUGCACACGUUUUUAUUUGUAUUGAGGAGUUGCCCAAAAGCAGCACGUCCAAGAACUUUAAAAUUACUGUUUUCCCUCUCUCUUAGGAGUAUCUCAAUCCAGAACAUUUAAGAUGUGGAAAGAAGAUAGUCAGAGAUGAUGCAAUUUUUAAUUUUGGCUCUGUGAGUAUUUAACUUUAUUUUUUUAUCCUCCAAACUUUCUAAGAAGCACUAGAAGCUCACACUGUGUCCAGCAAUAGCUGGAUGUAAAUUCAAACUGCAGAGAGCAGUACAUGGAAAUGCUCAGUUGGGCUGUCUAGACAGGCACCAGUAAACAUUUCUGUUUCUGAACUGGUGGCUGUAUAUUGUGAGACCUAAUUAUCUCUUUAAAUGACAAGGAGCAUGUCUUGUUUUCGCAGGUGAUUUUGACAUUUAAGUUCUAUUGAUUUUUAGUGAGCCAGACUGCAAAAAAGGCUCCUGAGGACUAGUUAUUUAAAAAUAACACAUUAAAAUGCUGCUCUUAAAUCUCGAAUUGCAGUCACUAGUUUAAAAAAACCUUUUAUCUUAUUUGUUAUCUCUGUUUCUAUUCAGAAUUAACAAUCCAGUAUAUCGCUGAGAUCAGUAAAAUACUUCAAAUACAUGUAUUUAAAAGGGAACUUUUGUACAGAUAAUUAGCCAGGUGUAGGAUGGAGGUGUGUACAGAUCCCGGUGUCAGGAAGAUUUACCUUCCCCACGUGGCAUGGCUUGACUUUCCCAGCAAAACCACGUGGGGGAAAGGUAUAUCUGUGUCUUCAUCUGCUUCCACAUGCAAAUGAUGUUGGCAGAUUUCUGCAGGGCCUCAUUAGCAGGACAAGAGAAAAUGGAAGUGCCAUGGGAGUGAUUUUAGAGCUCAGUGCCAACCUUAGUGCCUCAUGGUCAGAGAGUUCUGAGGCACCAAACAGCCCCCAGGAUUAAGCCCAGCAAACAUGGAAAUUCUUGGAAUAAUCACUGCUUAGGUGACUCAUCUGUAUUAUGAAAUGGAAAUUAUUUCAAAGCACAUUCUGUCCUUCCAAGCUUGCUGUGGAUUCUGGACACCAGAGCUUUUCUCUCUGAAUUGUACACAGUGUUUUUUUGUUCCUUGCUUGUUUAUGUCUAUGAUGUGCAAGUCUCCAAAUGUUCCAGCCUUUGAAUCCCCAGCCAACAGCUGUAGUGCUUCCAGAAAAACUUGCAUUUCCCUGCCCCACUGCUGCCCAAAGGCCAGGCAGUGUCAGGUGACUGCUCUGCCUCCCUGCUGAUGAAGUGGCCUCAGAGCUGAGUGCUCCUGCCCACGUUUAUCCUCACAUUUCCAAAAAAAACCGGAUGGCUGGCCUUGCCUGCACAGAUAAUCUCUGAAAGCAGGACUCUCUAAGGGUAAUUAAAUAAGUUUGGGCAUUAUACUUUUAUUCCUUUUUCAUAUAUUUCCCUUUGAAUAAGGAAACUCAGCAGAUGCCAUUCAAAUGUGAUUCUCCCUGGGUACUCUUGGCAGGCCAGAGUUGGUUGAAUUCCAGAGAUUAUAACAAAUCUAAGGGUUAAUACUGUGUUAUCCUUUAGCUCUUUUAAAAUACCUAUUUCUGUGCAUUUCCAUUUGUAUUUUACUGGUUUUUAGACAGCUAAGCAUCACAAAUUGAACUCAUUUCUCUUUUCAUUGCAACCAGAAAUUAAUCUCAAUGGCCCGAGCUGGUGAGUGACUUGAAUAGCCCAAAUUCCAGCCUGUUAUGCACAGUGACAUGUGAAACUCACACUUUGGUCUGGACUGAAAGCUGCUGGGCUGUGCCAAAGAGCUGUGACUAAUUUAGGGAGAGAGCCAAUGGGUGCCUUGCUCUGGCCAUUGUUCCCCAAGCAGGGAAGGAGUGAUUUUGUGGGUAGAAUCUUUCAGGACAUGCCACAAGCCCUAGGUAGUCUUACUCAGCCAAGUGCUCUGACAAAAAUGAUGUGGAAUUGGGAAUACCUGACAAUUUUAGAAGGGGAAUGGUAAAUCCCUAUUGCAGGUUAGUAUUAUUACUUCUAAUAUACUUCUAAAUACCUCCAUAGUGACUGCUGUAAUUCCCUCCUGGCUGACCCCAACACAUAUAUUAAAUACUAGAUGGAAGAGAAGAAUGCUCCCAUGAGCUAGGAGGGUGCAAGUCCAAGUUACCACAUAAUUUUUAUUUUGUUAUGAUGCUCCACUCUCACCUGAAAUCAUUUGGGAUGGGAAAAAUACUCACUUCAUCACAGUGAGUUUGUUCAGUGCAUGUGGGCAAUGCAAAGCCAGAAUAUCACACAAAAAUUCUUUUCUAUUGUUUGCACAGCAGUGUAAGUGUUCAGUGUAGGGACAGUCUCUCUUCUGAGUAAACAAGUGGAGCAAUACAAAAUCCUUGAAUAGAAUCCUUAGUAAGAUUCCUUUCAAGUUCAAAACACUUCUAAUAAACAAUAUAAAACACCCAUUUCCACAAAGGAAGAGUUGUGGAAUCAGCUGGGAGGGGUCUGUGGGUCAGAAGGGGUGUCAGGAGAUGAGUGAACACAGAGUAAGGAAAUCCAUUUUUUUCUUUUGAUUGGAGAUGAUUUUGUAAUUUAAAAAAUUCACUGUCUAGGAGCUGGAAAUUUGGUGUCCAUCCAUGUGGGUUGUCUCACUUGACCCUGCCGACAGAGGCCUAUUUUCAGUCUGUGUAAAUGUUAAUGUUUAGACAUGUCUCCCAGCAAAAUGUGUUCUUAAUCUGCUGCUGAAUUCUUACAUCAGAACACACAGAAAUUUAGCAUGGCUGUCAGUUAUUUUCCAGUAAAACACCCACCUUAUAGCAGUUACAUAUGCUUUCAAUUUUUAGGAUAUUUAAUAAUGUUUUCAUCUCUAAUUAAGAGAAAUAUCUGGGUUUGGCUCUUUCAUUCUCCAGGGAACCAAGAGUUUGCUUUUGCCAAUUGCUGGAUCAUUACAGAAUUCCAGUCCUUGUGUUAAAUUUUGCUUUUCAAGUUCUGAAUGAACUUGGAAUUUGGAUACAUGUUUAAGCAGCAACUGAUUUCCUGGAAAAUACUAAACUGGGUUAAACACCACAACUCUCUUAAAAAUAACAUUCAAAUGUAGAAAACAAUAGCAGAGGGAUCCUGAGUAAAACUUGCUCUAUUCAACCCUUUCUUUUCUAUCCCAGGAAAUAUUUGUUACACACAGGGGGUUAUUUAUAAAAUGGUUAUAUUUACCCACAUUCAGAGCUAGAAGUCACGAAAUGCAGAUUAUUCCUAAGGUGCUGUGGUUCAUACUUAGAGUUCCUUUGUUUAUUUGCUACUUGAGGGCAAAAGGGGCAAUUUCUUUUACAGGAAAAGUAAACAAAAAGUUAUAUUAGACACACUUUAAAUCAGCUGAGAUAUUAAACCCCCAAAAAUGGCAUUUACAGUGGAAAAUCUAUUUUCUCUUAAGGGCAGCAGCCCCACUGGUGCCAGUUUAAAGGACUCCAGAGCACACAGAGGUUCAGAGCUGGGUUUAGUGCUCUGAGGCUGGUUCCAAGGAGCCCUGAUAGGGACUUGAACUGUCUAAAUUGGCUUUACAAGAGGAGCCCCAGCAGCACAUUCUUUCCACUGAUAAUUCCUUGUUCCCUGCAGUUGGUACCAUGAGGAGCACAUCCGCAGCUAGAACAAAUCAGUACCAUUGAAAUUAUUUUGGAGGAGCUACACUUGAUAUCUACACCUGCAGAUACAGGAUUUCUUCAAUUGCAGCACAAAAAAACAGUGGGAAAAUUGCUUUCCAAAGAGGAAAUAUGUCAGGAGCACCUCACCCAUCCCCAGUGACGGAGAUGCACUGUGCCAGUUUGUACCUGCUGAAAGGUGAUUUCAAUAUACAGACAUAAACUGAGGUGUUGGUGACAGGCUGGGCCUAAGUGGCAGCUGUGACCAAAGUCAUUCCUUUGCUGCAUGGCUGAGUCUGGCUCUGCCAGGGUCUGAUUAGCCAGGUUUCCUUCAUUACUUAUAAAAAGCAAUAUGCCAUAAAAAUGUCAUCUUCACUGCUUAAAUCAUAAAAUUUUCCAUUAAAACCUUCUGCCAUAAGGUCCUAGAGGAUAUUCAUCCCUAGGCUCUGACAGGGAGGUGGAAAUCGGUAUUAAUUUCCAGCAGCAGUAAAUUCCAACAGUUUGAAGUCACCAAUCUAUGUAAUAUUAAAGUGUGGGCUUUUUUUUCUAAGCUUCUGUUUUGGUCAGGAAUCUCAAAAACAAGGUAGGAUCAAAAGUUUCCUAUGGAGCCAUGAGGGAUCAGAUUAAUCCAUGACAUAAUUUAGCAGGAUUCCAUGGGUUUAUACCAGAAACUGGGGGAAUGUAUCUAAACCUACAUGAGCUCCUGGGUAUCCCUGCCCUGAUCCUGCCAAUCCCCAUGCCCGGUUCUGAACUGGGAUUAGUCCCAGCCCAGAAACACUUCCCAGGGGAGUCCCUGGGCUUUGAAACAAGAUAUUCGUGAUAAGGAAAACUGUUGGAUGUGAGUUUAGAGAACCAGAUUUAGGAAAUGCUGGAUUUCCUUCCAGUCCAUGUCUUGCCUCAAGUAACCCCAGGCUUUCCAUGUGAAACCUCACCACAAUUCCUGCUGCCCUCCAAAGCCAGGCUUUGGUUCUUUUGGUUUCUUCCAGGCUCCCCCUGACCCUGGGCAGAUGGGAGCAUUCCCUGUGUGCCUCCUUCGCUGGCUUUGGGGUUCCAACACCCACUUUGUGAUUCACAUGUUGGAUGUGGAGCUGCAAGUUUUGUUUCCUUGGCUGGAUUCCAAGGACGCUGCUGGGAACAUGUCUGGGAUUUUGGGCUCUUGGGUCCCAUCACUGGCACAGCUGCCAAGAGGUCUGGCCUCAGGAGAGGGCUCUUUUUAUUCAGGAGUUUAAGCAUGUACCUGUUUCUCCUUUUCAGAAUAUAGACCUGUUACUUUUACCUGCUUUCCCCACUUCCUACUGUAAUUUUUCAUUCAGGCUCCUCCUAUGCUUAAAAUUUAUUUUCCUUUCUCCUUGAGAGUCCUCUUUAAAAGCAUCUUGGUUUGUGAACACUCACGAGCUUUCCUUCUUGCUGUAGCAGUGUUUUGUUGAGGGCUUUGUUUUCCCUUUACAACACAGAUAAAGAGAAUUUUGUAUUCCCCUUGUGAAACCUCAGAUAACACUUGGAGCUUCUGUGUUCCCUGGGUGUGUUGCCCAUAAAAUACAGGUACAAAUAGACAUGUCAGUGGUGGUGUGGCAAUUACUCAGGAUUAUGAAUCACAAUGAAAAAUACUAUUGCAAAGCUGAGCCUGAUGCUGUUAGUCAUUCUGCAAUAGCAAAGGGAAUUAUGGGCUCAGUGGAGGAGAGAUGCAAGUUAGUGCAGAGUCAGUCUCUUUCUGCUUCUGACAUGUGGAAAACAUCUUCAAACAUCUUUAUUUUUCACUGUUCUUAGCAAAAUGAGCAGCUUCUGAAAGGGUUAAAAGAGAUUUGCCAUAACCUUCACUUUCCCCUCAGUUAUUGUCAUUUAUGAGAAUUAAUGAAGAUAUUAAAUAAAUCUGAUGUUUCCUUUUUCUGUUUCCACUAAUUAGUCCCAGUCAAUCAACAGAAUAUC